AUGACAGGCAAAUCCACAGUCUCUAAGCUCCUGUCUGAACGCCACCACAUCCCCAUCAUCGAUGCCGACCUCCUUGCUCGAGAGGUCAUAGCCCCCGGGACGUCUGGCUACGACCUCGUGGUAUCUCACUUUGGUCCUGACCGCGUUCUGCAAGAUGAUGGCGUCACUCUGAACCGGUCUGCUAUUGGCGACAUAGUCUUUAGGGAUGGAGAACAGAGAAAGUGGUUGAAUGGUGUGGUUCAUCCGCGAGUGAGACGAGAGAUGGCUCGAAGCAUCCUGCGGUACUGGCUCAAAGGAGAGUGGUGCGUGAUUGUGGAUGUGCCGCUAUUGAUUGAGGCGGGCAUGUGGAAGUGGGUUGGUGAUAUUGUGGUUGUUUAUGUGAAUGAGCGCCUCCAACUAUCUCGUCUCCUUGCCCGGCACGCAGAUGACACGCCGCCCCUUACCCAAACCCAGGCCCAGAACCGCAUAGCCUCCCAGCUAGCCCUCUCGUCCAAGCUCAACUACGCCACAUCGGUUAUCGAUAACAGCGGAUCAUUCACAGAUCUGACUGAUCAAGUCGACAGAACCGUGGCGAAGUGGAAGAAGCAGCAAGGAGGCAGCUCGGGCUGGUGGUGGAGGGUGUGCUGGCUGCUUCCGCCAGUGGGCCUUGUGGCUGGUGCUCUUUGCUUGUUUGCAACAUGGCGCAACGGAACUAGGAAAAGCCGAAGGAGAGGCAGGGGUGAAGUUAAUAGCCGAGCUGGCAAGGGUGAUCCAACGGCAGAGAGGAUAGAGUUGAUGGAGAUGCGGGGUGGAAGAAGACGCGCUGCCAGUAGAAGCAUUACCGACGAGGAUUGA